GAACAGGAGAGAGUGGCAAGAGUACAUUUAUCAAGCAGAUGAGAAUCAUCCAUGGGUCAGGAUACUCUGAUGAAGACAAAAGGGGCUUCACCAAACUGGUGUAUCAGAACAUCUUCACAGCAAUGCAGGCCAUGAUCAGAGCUAUGGACACACUCAAGAUCCCGUACAAGUAUGAGCACAACAAGGCUCAUGCACAAUUAGUUCGAGAAGUUGAUGUGGAGAAGGUGUCUGCUUUUGAGAAUCCAUAUGUAGAUGCAAUAAAGAGUUUGUGGAAUGACCCUGGAAUCCAGGAAUGCUAUGACAGACGACGAGAAUAUCAGUUAUCUGACUCUACCAAAUACUAUCUGAAUGACUUGGACCGCGUAGCUGAUCCUUCCUACCUGCCUACGCAGCAAGAUGUGCUUAGAGUUCGAGUCCCCACCACAGGGAUCAUCGAGUACCCCUUUGACUUACAAAGUGUCAUUUUCAGGAUGGUCGAUGUAGGGGGCCAAAGAUCAGAGAGAAGAAAAUGGAUACACUGCUUUGAAAAUGUCACCUCUAUCAUGUUUCUAGUAGCGCUUAGUGAAUAUGAUCAAGUUCUCGUGGAAUCAGACAAUGAGAACCGAAUGGAAGAAAGCAAAGCACUCUUUAGAACAAUUAUCACAUAUCCCUGGUUCCAGAACUCCUCAGUUAUUCUGUUCUUAAACAAGAAAGAUCUUCUAGAGGAGAAAAUUAUGUAUUCCCACCUAGUUGACUACUUCCCAGAAUAUGAUGGACCCCAGAGAGAUGCACAAGCAGCUCGAGAAUUCAUCCUGAAGAUGUUCGUGGACCUGAACCCAGACAGUGACAAAAUUAUCUACUCCCACUUCACGUGUGCCACAGACACCGAGAACAUCCGCUUUGUCUUUGCUGCCGUCAAGGACACCAUCCUCCAGUUGAACCUGAAGGAGUACAAUCUGGUCUAAUCGUGCCUCCCAGAAACCUGCCCUUCCCUUCCCUGGUGGGCUAUUGAAGAUAUACAAGAGGGACUGUAUUUCUGUGGAAAACAAUUUGCAUAAUACUAAUUUAUUGCCGUCCUGGACUCUGUGUGAGCGUGUCCACAGAGUUUAUAGUAAAUAUUAUGAUUUUAUUUAAACUAUUCAGAGGAAAAACAGAGGAUGCUGAAGUACAGUCCCAGCACAUUUCCUCUCUAUCUUUUUUUUAGGCAAAACCUUGUGACUCAAUGUAUUUUAAAUUCUCAGUCAUGCACUCACAAAGAGUCGUUUCUCUCUUUCUCUCUCUUACUCUCUUUCUUUUCUAUUGAGCAAAACAAAGCUGAUUUCCCUUUUUCCUAAUCCAUACAUCCCUCCUGAUUUUUUUUCCCAGGUUACAAUGGCCUUUAUCCUAGUUCUAUUCUUGGUCACGUUUUUCUUUCGAAUGAUGGUCAGGACAAUGUCAUUCGAUUUAAGCCAUCCUACAUCAGCUUAACCUAACACUUUGUAGUUUUUGCUGAAGGAUUAUAUGUAUUACUACUAUGGUUUUCAAUGUAUUGCUCUGGAUACACAUCUAGUGUUUCUUUUUUGAUACAUAGUCUCGUCUAACUGGACUGGGACAAAGGAUGCCCAUCAAACAGUCAAGCGUCAUUUCUUUGAGUUUUGACCUUCAGGCAUAGUUCAUGAUUGCUCAGAGAAAUGCACAGAAGUUGGAGGCAUGGGCAAAGACACACAGAAGGAGUCCUUUCUUUUGAAAUCCAUGUGCCAUUGUCCUUUCUCCCUUCCUUGCUGAAUUCCCUGCCCCUGACUCCCCCGCCUCCACCCUUUCUUUAAAUCACAGAUGCCAAAAAACAUGCCAACAGACACUACAUUGCCCCAAUGGCUGCUACCCAGAGCCUUUUCAUAGGUUAUUUUUUGUUUUUGUUUUUUGGUUCCAACUUUUUAAAAUUUUUUCCUUUGCAAUUGGGCCACAAUUUUUAAAUGAUUUUUUUAUUAUGGGUAUGUGUUGCCAAAACUGGCUUUUUGUAAAGCAAAACAAAUUAAGACCUUACAAAAUAAAAGCCAGUGUCUUAAAGAGAGUAAGACUGUGAAGCUGAAGAUGACUGGCUGAGAAGGAACCUACCAGUUGCCAAAUAAUUGGUAACUGUAAAUCUGAUGCUCAUGGUCCAUUCUUUUCUUUGCCCUUCAGAUCACGUGGUUUAGUGUCCAGUCCCACGUUGAGUGCCCCAGAUCAGCACUGUAGAAAAGUCUCCUGUGUGGUUUAUCAUGAAAUCUGCUCAUGUCUUGUUUAUUGGAAGCCAGUUUUACUCGCUCUUAUGUCCUUUAAGUUCAAGGAAGUCUGCCAAGAACGUUGGUUGAUAGUAUUAUCCUAACACCUUUAAUUUGAAAAAAAAAAAAAAAAGUGACUGCUGGUUUAUCUCCUUCAGGAUCUUCUUGAACUGGUGACUGAUUGAGUUGAACUUAAGGAAGUUUUGUGGACUUAAAAGUAACCUCUCAGUGUUCCAUUGAACAUGUAUCUCUGUAACUGAACCUCCUAGGAGAGAUGUUUGAAAUUUUACAUGUGCAAUUUUUCAACACAUGCAAAAACUACAGCACAUUUAUCAUGAACUUCUGACAAGCAGCCUAAGUCGAGAUGUGAUUUAAGAAAGAAAUCAUGAUUGUUUUAAAGCUGCUGAGAAGUUAGCAUGAGGCCAUGACUCUAGUCUCAGUACUAUUGGGCACUAGUCUAAACAUUCAUAUAAAUCACUUUUUUGAAUAACAAAGGGGAGGGAGAAAAUUAACAGCUUUUGAGUACCAAAGUUACUGAAUAGUAAUGAAAUGUUCUUAUUCUUAAUUCUCCCAGCCUCAAACAACACAGGUUACUUUUUUUUUUUCUUUACUCAGAAAGCACCUGUAAUUUAAUUAACAGACUGCCUGUAGGUAUAGUGCAAUUACGAAUGCUCUAAUCGUUGUACAUACAUCUCUCUUGAUAUUGCAGCAUCCAUACUGGCUUUGUAAUCAUUAAUUUUUUUGGCAGAUUGAAUGUGCUGUAUUGAUAUGUAUCUAUGUAAUUGUAUUGUAUGUCUUAUAGCUAAUUCACAUUUUGAAUAAUGUUAUUUUAUUUACUUUUUUAAGAGAGGAGAAUGUAAAUUUGUCAGUUUAUUUCUGACUAGGGAUAUUUUUUUCCAUUAAGAAAAGAAGAAAAAAACAAAAACCUUACUAUCGUACAGAGCGGUACUAGCAUCGUGCUGUAUAAAAUCAUUUGCACAUUCCUGAGUAGAGGUAUACUGAUUCUAAGACCCAAAGGUAAUUUCAUAGCAAAAUACAUAAAAUCAGUCGGAGCUUUUAUACAAACAUGGAAACCAACUUUGUAGAACUUUUGCCAUUUGAUCUAGGAUUGGAAUAUGAGCUUUUAUACAAUUCAUAUUCUUAUUUGGCAAAUGCACAGUUUAGUAUUACCUCUCUGAUGGCCUUUAUUAGAGAAAGGCAGUUUUAGAAGCUAUUGUGAUCCACUAAGGAAACGUUUUAACAGCUAGAGACCACUGCUUGCCUGAAAGGGCGAUCUUAAAUUUGGUGCAGCAAAAAAUAAAACAAAAAAAUACAAAAAUAAAAACAAAAAAAAUGUAAACAGCAACAUUUGAUGGCCUACAGUGUGUAUAGAGAAAACCUCAUCACAAGAUCAUAAGUGUUACAGUUUUAGGGAAUCAAGAUAUUCUAUUUAAUAGAGCUCUAGUAGAUGUAGUUGAUUAAACCUGAUCUCAAAGCUCGAAGAAGCUGAGCAAAACAGGGAAAGAUUGUUAUAUUUGUCUUUAUGAAGUUGGGAUGGAAUUUGCUAUGCAGAAUUGAGGUUUGUGGCUUUGCUGCUUAUCUUGGGGUGCAUGACAGGAUCCCUUCUUUUGAGAAGGGAAAUAAUUGAUCACCCUAGCUGCAGUAAGGCAUAGAAACCUAAUUGUAUUCACACUAGUCAAUCGAAGCUACAGGAUUUUUUGUUGAUAUUGUUUCUUUGGGGUUUUAUUGAAGGGGCGAGGGGCGGGAAGGGAUUCUUUUCAGUUUUGUAUAAAACAAAGUUUACUCAUGCUUUCUAUUGUGAUUGCUCUAAGCGUGUGCCACUGGACUCCUGUUGUUGAUGCUCUAGGUAAUGGAGGCUUGUGGCAAGUUUUAUGGUGACUUGGGCAUGUCUUAUUCAAAAACAAAACACAAAACACAGAAACCUUUCUUCAGCAUACCAAGGCAAGCAGCCAUUUCAUGACUCACGUAACACAUUGCAGUGUACCAGUUUACAGAUAAUUUUUUCUUUUUUUUUAAUUUUUUUAUUUUUGUUUCUGCUUGAUGCGGCAGUUCUAACCCACAGAGAAUUCCUUAUUUGUAAAUUGGAGGUUUUUACUAUGCCUUACAGAGCUUAAAUUCAGAAGUUUGUGCCUCGAAUCUGAAACAAAGGGAAAUAACACACUUAUUUAAAAGUCAGUAAAUCCCCUAGAAGUUAUCGGUUUUUUUUUUUUUCUUUCUUAACAUUUCCAUGUAAAGAGCUCUGUUGAAUGUCAUGAAUAGAUGUCGGGGGAAAGAAAAAUCUUAGGAACCUGCACUUGUUAUUCACUAGCAGAUGACAUCUACAGAAGGUAUUUGAAGAACACCAGAAACUUUCUUUUUCUUUUUCCUUUUUUUUUUUUCUUUUUUUAAAUGAGAUCAACUACCAGGCCUGAUAUUUUAAAAAGGUAAUUCAGCUAAAGGGCAAUUUACUUUUUUGUACUUCAGACUAUCUUGAUUGUCAAGGUGUACGAACUGUAAUUUUAAAAUUUAUACUGCCACAUGAUUGUAAAUUUUAGUUGUCUUAAGUUAGGAAUUGGUGGAAAGCUAUUUAUGCUGGAUUUGGGUCAAAAUGACUUAUCUGCAAAAAAAUAAAAAUAAUAAUGGGAAGAAAGGGCUGCAUAAUAAGAUACUGCAAGACUCAAAUAUUGGUUGGAAAUUCCCCUCAGAUUACCCUCAAUUUCCCUUUGUUUUCACUUUCUCAAGAAGAACGAAUGAAAUGAAUUAUAGCAGAAUGUUAACCCAUAUAAAAAUAAAGUGUACCCAAAUAUUGUAAUGCAUAUUGCUGCUCUUCUUAAAAAUCAAUGAGGGUCUUAAACCACUUAAUUGGCAAUUAAUAACAUCUCAAAUUCAUGAAAAUAAGGUGUGCUUGGUAUACAUUCAUAUUUUCUUCCAAAGAGAUAUCUUUGGUUAGAAACACACACAAAAUCAAAACUAAGAAUAUCAUAUGUUUAACUAUCUCUACAUAUUUCCAGCAUAUGUAGCGUUAAUAGAUCUGUCCUGGUACCUGUGUCUUGGGGAUUUCAUUUUAGUUCCAUCAAGUUAGGAAAAGAAAUGGCUUAGUUGUAUAUGAUUAGCUAGAUGUUUUUGGAGCCAGACACCUGCUGUUUAGUAGUUAACUUAGUACAGUCUAAACUUGUCAUUUGUUUUCCUCACAGAGUAACCAUUUCCUGUUCUCUUCCCUACUACCACUGCCCUUUCAAUAACACUCUUGCCUCUAGAAUCAUAUGUUCCAAGUAUGCAUACACACCUAGCACAUAGUAGGUGCUCAAAUAUUAAUUUCCUCCUUACCUUUCUUACCAUGUAGCCUCCAUUUCCCCAUAUGAUUCCAACCCAAGCUCUUGGGUAAAAUUGGAUUUUAUUUGGAUAAAGAAUUCUGACUUUGGUAGAAGUUUUUGGUAGACAGAAAAUAAUAACAGGGAGGAAGGUAUUAUUCUUCAGUAGAAUAUUUUUAGGUUUAGGAAAGAAAGAUGGAAAAUUACUGUGUAACUUUGUCCAGGUGACUUGGAUUGAAACACAUGUUUUUUGUGGAUUUCUUUUCCUCAAAGAACUCUCUAAAUGCAACUUCUUGCUGGAUUCCUCACCCAUCACGUUGGAACCCCUGACUAGACCAUGUAUUUAGGGAGUUUUGUCAGAAAACAUUUUUAACUUACAGUAUUUAAAAGAAUCAUAUUUACUGUUCUUAAAAUGUCAUUCAAUGCAUGUAUUGUCUAUUGUUUGGGGAUGGGAACUAGUUUUGCAAAAACACCUAAUGUUGUAUAAUAAUGCCCCAAUGAUCUUGCUGGUUAAAAAUACAGUAUUUUUGGCCAUAA